AAAAAAAAAAAAAAACAAUGAAGCUCUUGGUGGGUGGGUACUGGGUAGUGCGAAAACGAGGGCUCUCCUAUGCUCCGACUCUCUCUCUCUCUCUCUCUCUAUGGGAAUCUGCGAUCCUCUCGAUCUGUAACUCUUAAGCAAGCAGAACACAGCAACAUUUUCGAAUUUUCUUUCGUUGCUUUGUUUUGUGUUCCGGAAAUUGCAGUGACCUCCGAAACCCUAGAUCUCGAUCGUUUCCUGCUUUUAAGGUUGAAUUUUGUCUGGAUCUCGAGGCCCAGUCGAAGCCCGAGCUCGAAUUCCGAAAGAUUUUGGAUUUGAGAAGAGAAAAAGGUGUUAUCUUGAUUGGGUAUAAUCCUUCCGAGGAGAAUUGGGUGAUUGAUUAGGUUUUCUUUAAGGUCAAUUGAUUGAUGGCUUCUAAUCCUCCUCCAUUCGAGGUGGAGGAUCAAACGGACGAGGACUUCUUCGAUAAAUUGGUGGAUGAUGAUGAUCUGGGGUCUGCAGACUCGGCCCCGAAAGGAAAUGAUUCCGACGACGCCAAGGCCUUUGCUAAUCUUACCAUCGGCGAUGUUGCUGAGGAUUCGAGUCGCGGCGCGAAAAUUGAUGAGGGUGGUUUUGUCGAUUCUGGUGCGGACGACAGGAUCUCUUCGGUUUUGGCCAACGCAGCCGUGUUAGAUGGCGUACCGGAGCUGAAUUAUGCUGGUGCGGGAUCCGAGUCUGCGUCUGAUUCCAUGAUCGGCGGUGGCAAGAGUAGCGAAUCCGGCAGUUCUUUGGGGUUCAAGGUGGUGGGGUGGAGCUCGUUUCAUGCCGAUGCUGCUCAGAAUGGGGUUAGUAAUGGGUUCGGAUCUUACUCGAAUUUUUUCAAUGAAUUGGAUGGUGAUGCUUCUGGAGAAUUUCCUGGGAUAGUGAGCGAGAAUUCGACAACUGAAGCGAAAACUGUAUCUGGUAAUUUAGAGCAUAGAGAUGGUGGUCUGAAUGGUGUGGUUAAUUAUACACAAUAUCAGGAAGGCCAGGGUUAUGUAGCUCCAGCAGAGCAAAGUACAAAUAAUGGUCAGGAUCUAAAGAGCAGCGAGUACUGGGAAAGUCUCUAUCCAGGAUGGAAGUAUGACACCAACACUGGGCAAUGGUACCAAGUGGAUGGUUUUGAUUCGGCAGCGAAUGCUCAAGGUGGCUCUGCCACGAAUUCGGCCAACGACAUCGGUGUUGUUUCUGAUGUAAAAACCGAGGUUUCUUAUAUGCAACAAACAUCGCACUCUGUCGUGGGAAGUGCAACCGAGACCAGCACAAGUCAGAGCGUGUCCAAAUGGAAUCAGCUAUCCCAAGUGAACAAAGGUUACCCUGAACAUAUGGUUUUCGAUCCCCAAUAUCCUGGUUGGUAUUACGACACAAUUGCGCGGGAAUGGCGCUCAUUGGAUGCUUAUGCUUCUACGGUUCAAUCAACAGUUAAUGACUAUGGUCAGCAAAAUCAAAACGGGUUUGUUUCAAGCAAUAUUUAUUCUCAGAAUGAAAGUAGUUCAUACGGUGAGUAUAGGCAGGCGGAAAAUCAUGUGUCAACAGGCCUUGGUAGCCAAGGUCAAGAUGGCGGCUGGGGUGGAUCCAUGCCUAAGACUGCAUCAUCAACAAUGUUUAGCGGAAAUCAGCAAUUCGAUAAUUCGUAUGGCUCAAACUUUUCCACGAACAAAGAUCAGCAGAAAUCUUUAAACUCUUUUGGAGCAGUUCCAUCAUACGAUAGAGCUAGUCAGGGACACAAUGAGGCCAUUGCCAACGGUACUCUGGGUUACCAGAACUUCAACGCUGAGUUACGGUCAUUUAAUCAAGCAAAUGCGAAGCUGAAUGAUCAAAUGCAGUUGUCAAAUGAUUACUAUGGCAGUCAGAAACCCGCAAAUUUUGCUCAACAAUCUUUUCAGGGUGGAAAUCAGUUUUCUUAUUCUCCUAAUAUCGGAAGGUCAUCGGACGGGCGUCCUCCGCAUGCCUUAGUAACUUUUGGGUUUGGGGGAAAACUCAUAGUAAUGAAGGACAAUAGUAACCUUGGGAACUCAUCGUUUGGAAGUCAGGGUCCCGUGGGAGGCUCUGUUUCUGUUCUGAACUUGCAAGAAGUUGUGAGGGGAAACACUGAUGUUUCAACUAGUGGAAGCCAGGAUUACCUUCGUGCUUUGUUCCAACAGUCCUUUCCGGGUCCAUUGGUUGGUGGAAGUGUUGGAAAUAAAGAGUUGAAUAAAUGGAUAGACGAGAGAAUCACAAACUGUGAAUCAUCUAACAUGGAUUACAGGAAAGCUCAAAUAUUAAAGUUGCUCCUCUCAUUACUUAAGAUAGCUUGUCAACAUUAUGGAAAACUUCGUUCUCCUUUUGGUUCUGAUGCUGUAUUGAGAGAGAAUGAUGCCCCUGAAUCUGCAGUUGCUAAACUUUUUGCAUCUGCGAAGAGGAAUGGUGCACAAUUCAGUGAGUAUGGUGCUCUUAGCCACUGCUUGCAGAAACUGCCUUCUGAAGGAGAAAUAUGGGCAACUGCUUCUGAGGUGCAAAAUCAUCUAGUUUCUGGUAGAAAGAAAGAGGCUUUACAAUGUGCACAAGAUGGUCAACUGUGGGGCCCUGCACUUGUUCUUGCUUCACAACUUGGUGAUCAGUUCUACGUCGAUACUAUCAAGCAAAUGGCACUUCGCCAGCUGGUUGCAGGAUCCCCUUUGCGGACUUUGUGCCUGCUUAUUGCAGGGCAACCAGCUGAGGUGUUUUCGGUGGACGCUACAAAUGGCAACCUUCCAGACGGUGUUUUAAUGCCUCAACAGCCUACGCAGUUUGGUGCUAGUAAUAUGCUUGAUGAUUGGGAGGAGAAUCUGGCCGUAAUAACUGCAAACAGAACAAAAGAUGAUGAAUUGGUACUUCUUCAUCUUGGAGACUGCCUAUGGAAGGAAAGAAGUGAGAUAGCUGCAGCACAUAUAUGCUAUUUAGUUGCUGAAGCAAACUUCGAGUCAUAUUCAGACAGUGCAAGACUGUGUCUCAUUGGAGCAGAUCACUGGAAAUUUCCUCGGACCUACGCUAGUCCAGAGGCUAUUCAGAGGACCGAGUUAUACGAAUACUCAAAGGUGCUCGGGAACUCUCAGUUUAUCUUGCUACCAUUUCAGCCAUAUAAGCUAAUCUAUGCACACAUGCUAGCUGAAGUUGGAAAAGUUUCAGAUUCUUUGAAAUACUGUCAAGCAAUAUUAAAGUCUUUGAAAACCGGUAGAGCACCUGAAGUAGAAACGUGGAAACAGCUAGUAUUAUCACUUGAUGAAAGGAUUAAAACUCAUCAACAGGGUGGAUACGCCACAAAUUUGGCUCCUGCAAAAUUAGUUGGCAAACUGCUAAACUUUUUUGACAGUACUGCACACCGUGUUGUUGGGGGAUUACCACCACCGGUACCGUCUACAUCACAGGGAACUGUCCAAGUUAAUGAACAUUUUCACCAGCAGGUGGCCCCCAGAGUAUCAAGUAGUCAAUUAUCACUAAUGCCUUCUGCUUCGAUGGAGCCCAUAAGUGAGUGGGCUGCUGAUGGCAAUAAAAUGGCAAUGUCUAACAGAAGUGUGUCAGAGCCUGACUUCGGUAGAACUCCAAGACAGGUUGACCCAUCAAAAGAAUUAAGCACAGCUGAUGCACAAGGCAAAACAUCAGUGUCAGGAGGAACAUCUCGCUUUUCUCGAUUUGGUUUUGGGUCACAGCUGUUGCAAAAGACUGUGGGCCUAGUUUUAAGGCCUCGACCAGGGAAACAGGCUAAAUUGGGUGAAGAGAACAAAUUCUAUUAUGAUGAAAAGCUGAAGAGAUGGGUAGAACAAGGAGCCGAGCUGCCUACUGAAGAAGCUGCCCUGCCACCUCCUCCAACAACUGCAGCCUUCCAAAACGGAAUGUCUGAUUACAGUUUGAAAUCCGCAUUGAAGAGCGAAGCAUCUCCUUCUGUCGGAAGCCCAGAGUUAAUAAGUUCAAUUCCUUCGGAAUAUAGUUCUGGGAUGCCACCUAUUCCACCCAGUUCAAAUCAAUUCUCAGCUCGUGGGCGGAUGGGUGUUCGGUCAAGGUAUGUUGACACUUUCAACCAGGGUGGUGGAAGACCGGCAACUUCAUUCCAGUCACCUUCUAUACCGUCUAUUAAGCCUGCUGUUGCCGCGAAUGCAAAGUUUUUUGUUCCCACCCCUGCAUCCGGUGAGCAGAAAAUGGAGGCUGUAGCCGAAAGUGUGCACGAAUAUGUUUCAACUAGUGGGGAUGCUUCAACAUCUGCUAUAAACCAUGUGUUCCAUAAUCCUGCACCGUCGUCAAACAUGCAAAGGUUCCCAAGCAUGGAUAACAUUCCUACCCAGAGAGUGACAGCAAAUGGGCAUAGCUCCCUUUCAUCGCACUCGCGACGUACCGCCUCAUGGAGCGGAAGUUUUAGUGAUUCAUAUAGCCCCCCACCAAAAGCAACCGACGUAAAGCCUUUAGGAGAGGCAUUGGGCAUGUCCCCAUCGUCGUUUACGCCUAGUGACCCUCCUUUGAGGCGUACGCAGAUGAACAGUGGCAAUUUUGGAGAUGACCUUCAAGAAGUGGAACUUUGAGCAAGUCAUGAAGAUGUACAUAUUUAGUUUGUUCCUCGUUGACCAAUACAAUACUUUGGGAUGACGUUCCUGCUCCUGCAUUUCUCAGAAAAUGAAAUAGUGGGUAAGGGCUGGAAUAUGAGUUUAUACGAGAAGAAAGGAAUGUUUCCUUUACCUAUCUUCCAACUGCGCCGUAAAUGAUGGAAUUGGGCGCGGUUUUUAUAUGUAGUUAUUAAGCCUUAUAAAUGUCCGAGGCUUGAAGAGCUGGUUCAGUGUGGGCACCUUUGUACAGUUCAUUUAUUCAUUUGUUGGAAACAAAAAGAAAGGGGGCUUCCUUUUGAUGAGUAGACACAAGGAAACGUCCACAGAUUUUCGCAGGGGAUAUGAUAGUGUACUAUUGAGUUAAAAAAGAAACGACAAAACAAAAACAAAUAAAUAUCAUGUUUGGUCAUUUCGAAUCAUUUGCAGUAAAUCAAGAAAUCGAGUCAAAGAUAAU